AUGGCAACUUGGUAUUUUAUUAAAAAUUACAAGGGCCAAAGCACGGCCGGACAUAUCAUAAAUUUUAUUAAAAUGUGGGGUAAGGCUACUUCAAGCGCAGAAGUCGAUAAAGGUCUCGGAAUUCCAACACAUGCUUCUCAAUCCCCGAUGAAAAAAGUCUUCCCUCGCGAGCGAAGCUUGCAACCAUGGAGCUCUUCUACGGACGAUACUACCUUCGAACCUCUUGGCUAUAAAAACAGUGACUCCAAUUGGGACCAAUUCAAGGCAAAUGAGCAAAAGUUUGGAUAUAUCAAAAACCCCAUUAACGAGACCAUAUAUACUACGCCACUAGACAAAAAAUCGGAGCUUUAUCAAAGCAAAAUUGAAGAAGCUGAGCGUCUGUCAAGGGAGAUUCUUGCUUCGUCUCAUUCGAAUUCACACAUCUUGGAAGAAAGAGGAGAACCCAUAUCAUCUAAGGACCAUGAAAUUGACGAGGAAAAAUAUGCCUCUGUUUCUCGUACAAUUGUACGAUCAUCUGGUGCGUAUGUUCCUCCCUCAUUAAGAAGUAAAGAACCUUCAGUUCCGCAAGCGUGUUCUGCAGAAUAUUCUGGUAAUGUAUUAGUGGAGGAAAUUAAUUUUGCAACGCCUAUUUUGAAUGAUAUUUCCUCCGAGCAACAUCAUUUUAUUGAGCAGGCUACUGUUAAUGAAGCUGUAAAUUCUUCUGAUCAUGUAAACACAAAUGAAAAUUCUUCAGGCAAGGAUGCAUCUUCAGAAUUGGAAUGUGAUAUUAUUUCUUGCUCGACCAAAUCUAGUGAUAAUGCUUCCUCGCCCGCAUUUAUUGAGCGAGAAUUUCUCGAUGGACCUACAACGCAAUCAAUUGACACCAUUAACCCGGUUAGUAUCAAGGAGCAACCAACACUAAAAGCUGUAAAGCUAAAUAUCAAUGCACCUGAAUUCUACCCAAAAAGGAAUUCUUUCGCUUUCCAGCAGCCUCAAAAUUCAUAUUAUUCCCCUGGAUACUAUUCUUAUGCAUCUUCAGACGUACCUGCUAUUUCAUAUUAUGAUCCCACGGGUGCCGUUUAUUUCCCAAGCGGUCAGUAUUCGUACUAUUAUGACCCCCCAGGUACACCAUAUAAUGUAGCGAGCAGAUAUAAGAAGAAUAAUGGCACCCAAGACACCUCUUAUGACAGCGAUUCUAAGAGAUAG